UAUGCGUUCAUAUUCUAAGGCUAUUUUUUUAUUUUUAUUCUACGGACUCAAUCGCUUGUUACAUGUGUCAUUUCGACCUGCACAAUAUACACACAUAUACAUGGAUAUUCCUCUGUCUACCUAGCAGUGCUUCUUGUUGGGUACAAUUUACGGGAGUAAUCGAUUUGAUUCGUACACCAUGCCGAACUGGGCCGAAACGUCAACUUCGUACAAAAUCGGAAUAUUUGGAGUGUUUUUAAGUGUUUUACUGUUUGUUAUCGGAUUCGCAACUCCAGUUUGGCUAUCCACCGAUGACAACGCGUACGGUCUGUGGCAGACAUGCUCGAGGUCACUGGAUUCCUGUCAGCCAACCCAGUUUGGUGAUAUAGUUUCUUUCGACGCUAUGCGGGUGAUUCAGAUUUUAGCGUUUAUAUUCCUGGGAAUAGGCGUCAUCGUGGCUGUCACUGUUAACACGUGCUCGCCGGAAAACGGCACCUCUGGUGUGGUUGGUACAGUUAUAACAGGAGGCAUCCUGGGGUGUGUUGGCGACGCUUUGUACGGUGUCGGCGGCGCCUAUCUGAUGUCGACGUUUGGUUCGGCAGCAAUCGGCUUGUCGUGGUCCUUCGCACUCAACACCAUGGGCUCCAUGAUGUCCAUCAUAGCUGUAAUAAUCGUCGCCGCCUCCAUGAAGAGUGCAGGAACCAGAGGCCACAUCGUGCACCCCUUGACGGGACAGCAGCAGCAGGGGCCGUUUGUGUACCACAGCGGCGUCGCGCCUCCGGUACCUGGUCAGACGAUGGUGUACUACAACACACAGCAGAAUACAGCAACGGUUGGUAAUCAGCCGCCUGGUGUGGUACUGGCGCCAGGACAACUACAGCAGCAGCAACAGCAGCAGCAACAGCAGCAGCAGCCACCACCGGGAUACUGGCAGGUACAAGCGCCCCUGGAGGUUACUCACAGCAGCCGUCAACAGCCUUCGGCCCCCCCUCGAUCUGAACAAACAACUACAUUGACCGAAUAGGGGUUAAAUUCAGUGUGGAGAGGUGUAAAUUGGUUCCCAUAAGGUCUGUAACUCGCCACAGAUCGUUGCACACAUCUGAACACCAUAAUUGGAUGUCAUGUUCUCAUACAUGACAACUUUCUCGAUCUGUCAUAUAUCCACCGUGCCCUAUCUAUGACUAUGUUCCCAUUAAAAAAAACCUGUCUGAGACAGUCUACAACAUACUGCAACAGUCUGCGACGAUCUGCAACAGUAAAUAAAAAUCUGCGACGAUCUGCAACAGUAAAUAAAAAUCUGCGACGAUCUGCAAGAAGUAAAUAACAAUCUGCGACGAUCUACAAGAAGUAAAUAACAAUCUGCGACGAUCUGCAAGAAGUAAAUAACAAUCUGCGACGAUCUGCAAGACGUAAAUAACAAUCUGCGUCGAUCUACAAGAAGUAAAUAUCAAUCUGCGACGAUCUGCAAGAAGUAAAUAUCAAUCUGCGACGAUCUGCAAGAAGUAAAUAACAAUCUGCGACGAUCUACAAGAAGUAAAUAUCAAGCUGCGACGAUCUACAAGAAGUAAAUAACAAUCUGCGACGAUCUGCAAGACGUAAAUAACAAUCUGCGACGAUCUACAAGAAGUAAAUAUCAAUCUGCGACGAUCUGCAAGAAUUAAAUAUCAAUCUGCGACGAUCUGCAAGAAGUAAAUAACAAUCUGCGACGAUAUACAAGAAGUAAAUAACAAUCUGCGACGAUCUACAAGAACCAAAUAACAAUCUGCGACGAUCUUCAACAGAAAAUAACAAUCUGCGACGAUCUGCAACGGUAAAUAACAAUCUGUGAUGAUCUGCAACAGUCUGCGACGAUUUGUGACAUAUUACAUGAAUAUGGGAACCAUACUGUAAAAAUGUAGACACUCUUCAAAUUAUUAUCUCUGGAAAUAGUGCCUACUAUUAUUACUAAUAAUAUUAUUACUAUGGAGAUCAUGGAAGAAGAGAACACCAGGAAAUUAGGAUGCGAUAACUUGUUGAGUGGCUUAAACAACGCAAUGGUUACCAAAGCGUGUGUGUUCGUUCGUGUGUGCCUAGAUGUAGGCUUCGUUUAUUGCUGAACGUACUGAUUGAGUUCAAUUACGGACGUACGGACAGAGUUAAUAGCAAUAUACAUAUUUAUCAUGGUGAAUUUUAUUUUUAUUUACAGUUGAAUAACAGUCAGUUUAUUAAGUAUAAUUUUAUUAGUUAUUGAGGGGCCUAUAUAUUGUGUGUCCGUCUCUCUAUCUGUCUGUCCGUCCGUCCGUCCUUCCGUCCGUCUGUCUCUGAUUUACAUAUAGUUUUCUUGACUUUUUUUUACAGUGACUCAAAUUACUGAGCUGAAAUUUUGUAUAUACAGCUUUAUCAUAUUUAAGUUUGAUUUUCAUAAUGUUGGCCAUUUGUUUUGACAGAGUUAUAGCCCUUGAACUUAAGAAACAUUUAUUGCUUUAGCAAUACUUUCAGAAUGCCUGUUUUUCUUAUCUCUAAUUUAUGAGUCCACGAAUUAUUAUUACAUUAUUUAUGAAGCAUCGAAUUUAUGAAUUCCAUAAAACUUAUCUAAUGACCGAAACCAUCAUAACUAUAUGCCUAAGAAAAUAAAGGCUAAAACCCACACUGUAUAGGUUUCGAUCCCAUCACCUACCAGACUUAAAUCCGGUGAAUUAAUGAAUAGUCAUACUUGAAGAACAAAUUUUAUUUAUUAAAACUCUGGGCGGGACGUAGUCUCGUGGUAAAUCGCUCGCUUGAUACGCGGUCGGUUUGGGAUCGAUCCCUGUCGGUGGGCCCAUUGGGCUAUUUCUCGUUCCAG